AUGACUGUAGGAUACUAUCUUUACGGUGCACAAUCUGAAAUCACUCACGUAACAUCGUCCACCCUUAGUUAUAACUUCGCGUAUGCUCUCAUCACGAUUGGUGGUUUCAUAUCUUUGGUCAGCUUUCUUGGUAAGAUAAAAUUUCACACCUUUUUCGCGAACCCAAGUUCAUGCUCACUGACGUACGAUGAAUGGAUAGGCUGUUACGGCGCUGCCGAUGAAAAAAUCGGAUUCCUGAAGGUUUAUGUGGUGUUAUUGUUCUUAUUAAUGGUAUCUCAGAUAGUCGUCGGUAGCUUUGCAUUUGCUUAUCGUCAAGAUGUCGACUACAUUCUUGAUAAAUCAUGGUCAAAAGCAUUCUUAGAAGAACCACAAUUAUUAAGAGAUGUAGAAGACUAUUUCCAAUGUUGUGGUUUCAACUCAACCAAAGAUCGGGUUGUUCAACCGUGUCGAUAUUAUAACCCGUGUCAUGAAAUGAUGAAGGAUUCUUUGAGAUAUAGUUUACAAACCAUCGGAAUUGUCGGUGUCGUGUUGGGCGCCAUGGAGCUCCUCUGCUUAUUGUUGGCGGUCAUUUUGUUCAUUCACAUAAUGUCGGUUCAUCGUCUCGAGGAGCCCGAAGAAGAAAGACGAGCUUUAUUGGAUGAAACGCGUAGGCUCGAUGCGGAAAUACGCGAAACUUACCAACGCAGAAGAGCACACUUUGGAUAA